AUGAAUUUUGAAAAUUCUACUCAAUCUAGUAAAAUUCCUAUUGAUAUUCAUAUAUUUCAAGAAUUAAUUCAAUAUAAAGAAGAUGCUAUAAAAUUAGAAUUUGAAAAAAGUCAAUAUAUUCUUGAAAUUGAUAAUUUAAAACAAACAAUUGAAAAUUUAAAUAAUAAUAUUCUUGCAGUUCAAUAUAAUAAUUCUAUAGAAAUUUCAACUUUAAAAAAUAUGCAUGAAACUGAAAUUUCUAAUUUAAAAAAUAAAAAUUUAGAAAUUUUACAAACUCAUCAAAAUGAAAUUUUAAAUUUAAAAAAAUAUUAUAAUAAUGAAAUUUUAAAUAUAAAAACUUAUUAUGAAAAUGAAAUUUUAAAUUUAAAAAAUUAUAAUAAUUCUGAAAUUCUUAAUUUAAAAAAUCAUUAUAAUAAAAUAAAUAAUGAUUAUAAAACUGAAAAUAUAAAUUUAAUUACUAAAUAUAAUAAUGAAAUAUUAGAUUUAAAAAAUAAUUAUAAUAUUGAAAUUUUAAAUUUACAAAAUAAACAAAAUAUUAAAAAUUCUGAUUUAAAAAAUCAAAUUAAUUUUUUAGAAAAAAAAUUACAAAAUCUAUCUAUAGAAUUAUUUUCAGACAUUUUUAAAAAUAAUAUUGAUAAUUUAUCUAAUUUGUUAUAUAAAAAACAAUAUGAAGAAAAAUGUUUACCACCUACAGAUCCAGAAGAAUUUAUAAAAAUGGUUGAUUCUUUUGAAUUAAAACCAUUUGUUUUAUUAUUUUUUAAUGCAUUUAAAUCUGAUAAUCAAAAUGCAAAUCUAUUAAAAAACUUAAGAUUAGAAUAA